GGUUAACCAUUGUCAACCGAUUGUGAUUAAAAUCGUGAUUAUAAUUGAGUCGGUUUAACAAUUGAACAAUUGAAAAUCUUAAUGAUUAUAAGCCCAAGGACUUUUUAUCAAUUUCUUUUGAUUAUUUUCAAUUUUCUCUUUUCAUAAACAAUUAACGUUCCCAUGGUUCUAGCAAUUAAAUUGUUGAGAGCAAUUUAAUCGAGUUGACUAACUACUUUCAAGUUUCCAUUUUCACUGGAUCAGAUUCAUCUAACGUGUAACAAUCAACAUGGACAAUCAACAAGAGCCCAAUGAAUUACCUGAUGUGUCUCAAUUAAAAUUGGUUGAUUUUACAAUUAACGAUGAGAUUCGUGAUCGUUGUAGACAAAUUUGUGGUGAAUAUCUUGGUGGCCCUUGGAGUGAUUUAAAAGCGGAAGAAACAAUCAUCGAACCAGUGGAAGAUGGACUCAGUAAUCGUAUUUACGUUUGUAUCAAUCUAAAGUUAUCACAAUCAAAAGAAUCAACCUUAAAAUCUGAUGUUCCAAGUAAAGUUCUGGUUCGAUUACAUGGAAGUGAAUUCGUCGGUGAUCAAGGUGACAUGAUUGUCGUCUCGAAAGAUGCUCUUCCAUUAAUUGGUGAGAUUUUACACCAAAAAGGAUUAGCAGCCAAAAUCUAUGGAGUAUUUGAUGAAGGACGAAUUGAACAUUUCAUCGAGAGUAAUAAAUUUCCCCAGGAAUCAUGGGCUAAUCAGCAAUUACUUGAUUGUCUCACACGAAAGUUGGUUCAAAUUCAUCAACUCGAAAUGCCGAUCUCUAAAGACCCCUGGUCUCUGGUGAAAUUGGCCGAAAGACUUUACAAAUCGGGCAAGGAAACUAAUCAAUUUUUGAAUGUUGACUUAUAUGAACCUCAUUUGAGACCCAUGAUUCAGGACAUGAUUGAUUUUGAUCAUGCUGGUUACGCUCAAUGGCUUCGGGAUAUGGAGCCUUUCAUCAAAUCUCCGUGUGUCUAUUGUCAUAAUGACCUACACUUUGGAAAUGUACUUGAUAGAACCAACGGUCAGUCGUUUGACGAUCGAGCCUUCAUUAUCGAUUAUGAUAACAGUAGUUAUGGAUUUCGAGCCUAUGAUUUAGCUUUGUUUCUCUACUUGAAAAGUUUUAUUCCAGGACGAGUUGAAACUUGGUCUUUUCAAACGAUCACCACACCGGAAGAAAAACUCCACACCCUCAAGGUCUAUUUAGAACAUUUGAUUAAAGUUCGUAAAGGAGAAAUCGAUCCUCAAGUUGACACAAUUGAACAUCUAAAGAGAGAACUCGAUUAUGGUGAAGUUCUAAUUCAUUUUAUUUGGACUUCGGUUUCGUGUGCGAAGAUCAAUCCAAUGAUGGCUUCUGUUUUCGCAAUUAUGAUGGACAAUGCAAAGGAAAUCAAGAUACAAGUAAAAUUAGCAAAGGAACGAUGCGAAAAAUAUAAACAAAGUUUAACCAACGGAGAUCACUAAUCUACUAAUUAACUGAUUAUCCAACUGUCACCUGAUUGUAAAAGAUAUUAUUCCAAUAUUAUCAUAAUAAACAAUCAAAUUUAUCAUCUUCUACUGUUAA